CGGUCUUAACUUUUUAAAUACUCUCUGCCUUUAAAAAAAACAAACAUUCAUAAUGGGUAAAAAGGAGGAGGAAGAAGUAAUUAGGAUUGCAAAAAAGAUGGAUAAAAUGGCGCAGAAGAAGAAUGGGGCGGGCGCGCUGGAUCUUCUCAAGGAGCUUAAGAAUGUACCCAUGACCCUGGAGCUACUUCAGUCAACCAGGAUUGGGAUGUCUGUGAAUGCCAUUCGUAAACAGAGCACAGAUGAGGAGGUGACGUCGCUGGCAAAAUCCUUGAUCAAAUCUUGGAAAAAGCUCUUGGAUGAGCCAGGUGGUGGAGACAAAUCCUCUGAUGAGAGGAAGAAGGAGCCCACAACUCCAGUGGUGACUCCAUCUCAAGACAGUCCUGAGCCAAGGGAGGAGAGUUCAAGCAGUAAUUCAAGUAGUAAGAACGACAGUGUUGAGGUCACACCCAACACACUGAUUUCCACCUUCCCUCGAGCACCGGGCACCUCUGACUCUGUCCGCAUCAAAUGCAGAGAAAUGCUGUCCAACGCCCUGCAGACAGGAGAUGACUACAUUACCAUCGGAGCUGAUUGUGAUGAACUCGGAGCUCAGAUUGAGGAAUGCAUCUUCCUGGAGUUCAAAAACACUGACAUGAAAUACAAGAACCGCGUACGAAGCCGAAUCUCAAACCUUAAGGACCUCAAGAACCCCAACCUGCGGAGGAACGUACUGUGUGGAAACGUGCCUCCAGACCGCAUCGCCAAAAUGACCGCCGAGGAAAUGGCGAGUGAUGAGUUGAAAGAAAUGCGUAAGAACUUGACCAAAGAAGCCAUCAGGGAUCACCAGAUGGCCAGGACUGGCGGCACCCAAACUGACCUGUUCACCUGUGGGAAGUGCAAAAAGAAGAAAUGUACCUACACUCAGGUCCAGACUCGAAGCGCUGAUGAGCCAAUGACCACAUUUGUCUUUUGCAAUGAGUGCGGAAAUCGGUGGAAGUUCUGCUGAAAAUAGGAAGAACAUUCUCUGUGUGCAGAGAAGUAGCUCAAUUCCUGGACCAGGAUUCUGUAUCUCGUACAGAUAGAACAUCAAACUCCGUGGUACUCAGUGCACAGUUGCCACAACAGACGCCAUCACCGUUUUAAUUUGAAUAGUUGGUCCACAAACAUGUCCUGUGUUUUAACUUGACGUUUAGCUAGACUCUGCCUUUGGACUAUGAUCAAUGUUUUUUUGUUUGUUUGU